GCUGAUGCAUCAGAUGAAUGCUGCUUUUGCCCAGCGUUUCUCAGGAGGGAGGACAGUUGGAGAGGCUUUGCUGCUAAGGAAAUUUAUUUAAAUAUUGCUGGUCUGAGAGGAAAAAUACAUAAAGAAAAGAGGCAGAGAAGCAAACAAUCCUUAAAGGCCAAUGGUGGGAAGACAGAAGUUAACUUCUUUAACUUAAGCGAGUAGGGGGAAAAACACUCUGCAAAGAUGGAAGAAGAAGAAUAUGAGGAGGUUGUGGAGUACUACAUUGAAGAGGAGGUCAUUGAGGGUGAACCGGGAGAGAUAAUUACGGAGAUCACGGAGACAACAUACACCACUGGAUCUGCUCCUCGCACGGUAACCACUACAGAGCAUACUACUGAAACCAUGGACACCACUCAAAAGGCCUCUCCUCCUGUCAGAAAAAAGGUUGUACGGAAAAAAGUGGACACGUCAAAGUUUAUGACACCUUACCUGGAUCACAGUUCGAAAAUGCAAAAGCUCUUCAGUGACAACAAGUACAAAGAGAAGUUUGAGAAGGAGAGAGGGAAGCCAUAUGCAAGCACAAGUGACACCCCUGAACUUCGAAGAAUCAAGAAAGCCCAGGACCAGCUCAGUGAGGUUAAAUAUCGCAUGGCUGGUGAGGCGGCGAAGACUAACUGUCACGUGGAUGGACAAGCAAGAGACAUAGAACACGCAAAGAAGGUCUCCCAGCAAGUUAGCAAGGUGUUAUACAAACAGAACUGGGAAGAGAAUAAGGAAAAGUACCUGCUCCCUCCUGAUGCUCCUGAGUUUGUGCAGGCUGUAAAAGCUUCCGAAAUUUUCAGCAAGAAACGAUACAUCGAAGACUGGGAAGCGGACAAAGCAUUAUUCUACCCUUAUGACGACAGCCCCGAACUAAGGAGAGUAGCACAGGCGCAAAAGUCCCUCAGUGAUAUUGUCUACAAAAAGGGGCACAAUGAACGCAAAGCUAAAUACACUUCUCUGCCAGACCCACCUGAUGUGGAGCUUGCCAGGAAAGUGACCCGACAGCUCAGUGAUCGCAACUAUCAUGAAGACUAUGACAAGAAGAUCAGGGGCAAAUGGAGCCAAACUCCAUGCUAUGAUGUUGCAGUUGCCAAAAUGAAUGCUGAUAACUUGAGCCCGAGAAAAUACCAAGAAGACUGGGAGAAUCAGAAAGACCAAAUCUACUUUAUGCAGACUGAAACACCAGAGUAUGCAGUUAAUAAGAAAGCUGGAAUUACUGCCAGUAAGAUAAAAUACAAAGAAGAUUACGAAAAAUCCAAGGCUUCUACAGACUAUAAUGUGCUUCCAGCUACAGAGAACCCACUGCUUAAACAUCUGAAAGCUGCUGGAAAUCUUGUGAAUGAUAGGUUAUAUAAGGAAGCAUAUGAAAAAGCGAAAGGAACCAGCAUUAAUUACUGUGACACUCCCAAAUAUCAGAUUGACAACGUUCUGAAAAACUUCAGCGAUAUUAAAUAUAAAGAGGGAUAUCAGCAGAAUAUCUUGGGCCGCUACAUAGGCACCUUUGAUGACCCAUAUCAAACACACUGCAUGAAAGUUGCAGCCAUGAAGAGCGAUAAAAACUACAAAGCCGACUAUGAAGAGGACAAGGGAAAGUGUUACUUCCCUCAGACCAUAACUCAAGAAUAUGAAGCCAUGAAGAAGUUAGACCAGUGCAAAGAUCAUACCUACAAAAAGCAUCCUGAUAAGCUCAAAUUUACACAAGUGACAGAUUCUCCUGUUCAGACACAAGCGCAGAUCAAUUCCAAGCAGCUGAGUGAUCUGAACUACAAAGCCAAACACGAGAGUGAGAAAUUCAAAUGUUCCAUGCCUCCAGAUGCCCCCUUGUUCCUCCAGUCCAGAGUCAAUGCGUAUAACAUCAGUGAUACUUGCUAUAAGUACGACUGGGAGACAUUGAAAGAUAAGAAAUUCGAGAUCAAGUUUGAUGCCAUUCCGAUUCUUGCUGCCAAAGCCAAUCGAAAAAUUGCCAGCGAUGUGGAAUAUAAGAAAGCUUAUGAACAGAGCAGAGGGAAGAUGGUUGGAGCUCUGAGCAUUGAGGAUGAUCCUAAAAUGCUACAUUCUCAGAAAGUGGCCAAACUGCAAAGCGAUAGACUAUAUAAGGAAGCAUAUGAAAAAGCUAAGGGAACAAGUAUCAACUACUGCGAUACCCCGAAGUAUCAACUUGACAAUGUGCUGAAAGGCUUCAGCGAUGUUAAAUAUAAAGAGGGAUAUCAGCAGAAUAUCUUGGGCCGCUACAUAGGCACCUUUGAGGAUCCGUACCAAUCACACUGCAUGAAGGUUGCGGCCAUGAAGAGCGAUAAAAACUACAAAGCUGACUAUGAAGAGGACAAGGGAAAGGGCUACUUCCCUCAGACCAUAACUCAAGAAUAUGAAGCCAUGAAGAAGUUAGACCAGUGCAAAGACUAUGCCUACAAAAAACAUCCCGAUAAGCUCAAAUUUACACAAGUGCCAGAUUCACUCGUGAUGGUACAAGCACAGAUUAAUUCCAAGCAGCUGAGCGAUCUGAACUACAAAGCCAAACAUGAGAGUGAGAAAUUCAAAUGUUCCAUGCCUCCGGACGCUCCCUUGUUCCUCCAGUCCAGAGUCAAUGCAUAUAACAUCAGUGAUACUUGCUAUAAGUAUGACUGGGAUACAACGAAAGAUAAGAAAUUUGAGAUCAAGUUUGAUGCCAUUCCUAUUCUUGCUGCCAAAGCCAAUCGAAAAAUUGCAAGUGAUGUGGAAUAUAAGAAAGCUUAUGAACAGAGCAGAGGGAAGAUGGUUGGAGCUCUAAGCAUCGAGGACGAUCCUAAGAUGCUACAUUCUCAGAAAGUGGCCAAACAGCAGAGUGAUCGUGAAUACAGAAAAGGUUACGAAGAGUCAAAGACCACGUACACAGCGCCGUUGGACAUGAUCGCAGUAGUACAAGCAAAGAAAGCACAGGCAAUUGUCAGCAACACAGACUACAAGCGUCUCAUCCAUAAUUACUGCUAUCCCCCCGACAGUAUUCCUGUGGAACUUGCCAAGAAAGCCAAUGCUAUACAGAGUGAUAAUGAAUACAGAGCUGACUACAACAGUGAUAUGAAAGGCUGUGGCUGGAUACCAUUGGGGUCCCUAGAUGCUGAAAAAGCCAAGAGAGCUUCUGAUAUUAUCAGUGAGAGAAAAUAUCGUCAGCAUCCAGACACUAUUAAGUUUACACAAAUUGAAGAUGACCCUGUUGUAGUACAGGCUAAAAUCAACCAAGCUCAAAGGAGUGAUGUAAUUUAUAAAGCCAAAAAUGAAGAUGUAAUUCAUAAAUAUCACCUUCCGGCAGAUGCUCCCCAGUUUCUCCAGGCAAGGGUUAAUUCCUACAAUCUCAGCGACAACUGCUACAAACUGGGGUUGGAAGAUCUGAAAUCGAAGGGAUACGACUUAAGAAUUGAUGCUAUUCCCAUUAGAGCUGCCAAGGCUGCUAGACAUGCGGCCAGUGAUUACCAGUACAAAAAGGACUAUGAACUUGGCAAGGGUAAACUGGUUGGCUUCCAGAGUCUCCAAGAUGACCCCAAGCUGGUCCAUUAUGUGAACGUUGCCAAGAUGCAGUCGGACCGGGAGUACAGGAAAGCUUACGAGGAGAGCAAAACCAAAUACAACACUCCGCUGGAUAUGGUCAACGUUGUCGCUGCCAAGAAAGCCCAGGACAUUGCUAGCAACACACAUUACAAACACUUGGUGCACCAUUACACAUUGUUGCCUGACGAUAUGACCGUGGAACGGUCCAAAAACAUGAUGCAGAUUCAGAGUGAUAAUCUUUACAAGGCAGACUAUAACAGCUGGAUGAAAGGUAUCGGGUGGAUCCCAAUUGGUUCAAUGGAUGUAGAGAAAGUUAGAAAAGCAGGAGAUGCUUUGAAUGAGAAGAAGUACCGCCAGCACCCGGACACGCUCAAGUUCACCAGCAUAGUAGACUCGCCUGUCAUGGUCCAGGCUAAGCAGAACGCACUGCAGCUCAGUGAUAGACUAUACAAAACUUCUGGAGAAGAAAUCAAGCACAAAUACCACUUGCCUUCAGAUGCCCCUCAGUUCAUCCAGGCUAAAUACAACGCAGCCAACAUCAGUGAUAGCUAUUAUAAACAUGGCUAUCAUGAACUGAUAGCCAAAGGACACAACGUAUUGGGUGAUUCUAUUCCAAUUACUCUGGCCAAAGCAUCAAGAAACAUUGCUAGUGAUUACAAAUACAAAGAAGCCUAUGAAAAAGCAAGAGGAAAACAUGUUGGUUUCAGAAGCCUGCAAGAUGACCCUAAGCUUGUCCAUUCUAUGCACGUGGCAAAAAUGCAGUCUGAACGGGAGUAUAAGAAAGACUAUGAGAAGAGCAAGACUUGCUAUCACACACCUGUGGAGAUGGUCAGCAUCCAAGCUGCCAAGCAGGCUCAGGAUGUAGCCUCUAAUACUCACUACAAACACCUCCUCCAUCGUUAUACCUACCUGCCAGAUGCCAUGAAUGUUGAACUGACAAGGAACAUGAUGCAAAUUCAGAGUGAUAACAUUUACAAGCAAGACUAUAACAGCUGGUUCAAAGGAAUUGGGUGGAGUCCUCUCGGUUCUCUGGAGGUAGAAAAAGUUAGAAAGGCUGGAGACGCAUUAAAUGAAAGGAAGUACCGUCAGCCCCCAGACAAAUUCAAAUUCACAAGCUUAAUGGAUGCAAUGCCGAUGGUUUUGGCACAACACAACACCAAACAGCGAAGUGAUAUAACGUACAAGCUGGAGGGUGAGAAAGUUAAGCACAACUACCACUUGGAUCCAUAUGUUCCUGAGUUUAUUCAAGCAAAAGUCAAUGCCUACAAUAUAAGUGAUCACUCUUACAAAGCGGACUAUAAGAAGUUAAUUGCCAAAGGGUAUGAUCUGAAGCCUGAUGCCAUUCCUAUCAUUGCUGCAAAAGCUUCACGAAACAUUGCCAGUGACUACAAGUACAAGGAAUCAUAUGAGAAAGAUAAAGGAAAGCAAGUUGGGUUCCGCAGCCUGCAAGACGAUCCUAAAUUGGUCCAUUAUAUGAAUGUGGCCAAACUUCAGUCAGAACGUGAAUACAAGAAGGACUACGAAAGCAGCAAGACCAAGUAUAACUUGCCCAUGGACAUGUUCAGUGUGAUAGCUGCUAAAAAGGCCCAGGAAGUGAUCACCGACACAAACUAUAGAACAUCUCUGCAUAAUUAUACCCUUUUGCCUGAUAACAUCAGUGUGGAACGGUCAAGAAAUAUGAUGCAGAUUCAGAGUGAUAAUCUUUACAAAGCAGAUUUCAACAGCUGGCUGAGAGGAGUAGGCUGGGUGCCGAUCCAGUCUCUGGAAGUGGAGAAGGCAAAGAAGGCCUCCGAAAUCAUUAGUGAAAAGAAAUACCGUCAGCACCCAGACAAGCUAAAAUACACGAUUGACAUGACUGCUAUGGAGCAAGUGCUGGCAAAACAAAAUGCUGUUACGAUGAACAAGAGACUGUACAAUGAAAAAUGGAACAAAGAGAAGGCAGACAUUCACGUGAUGCCCGACACACCAGAGAUAAUCUUGUCCAAGUUCAAUCAAGUCACCAUGAGCGAUAAACUAUACAGGGCUGGCUGGGAAGAAGACAAAAAGAAAGGCUAUGAUUUGAGGUCAGAUGCUAUCUCAAUAAAAGCAGCCAAAGCUUCAAGGGAUAUUGCAAGUGAUUACAAAUACAAACUAGCCUUCGAGCAAGCCAAGGGAAAGCACAUUGGAUUCCGUAGUCUGGAAGACGACCCUAAACUGGUGCACUUCAUGCAAGUUGCUAAGAUGCAGUCAGAGCGUGAAUACAAGAAGGACUAUGAGAAGUCAAAGACCCGGUUCCACACCCCAGUUGACAUGUUCAGUGUGGUGGCAGCCAAGAAAGCACAGGAAGUGGCAACGGAUACAAACUACAGGAAUAUUAUCCACACAUAUAAUGUUUUGCCUGAUUCUAUGAACCUGGAACUGGCCAAAAACAUGAUGCAGAUUCAGAGUAAUAACCAGUACAAAGCAGACUAUGAUGAAUUCAUGAAGGGGGUUGGGUGGGUUCCAUUGGGAUCUUUAGAAGCCGAGAAGAACAAGAAAGCCAUGGAGAUUGUCAGUGAGAAGAAAUACAGGCAGCAUCCAGACAAACUCAAGUAUUCUAUCAAGAUGGAUUCUAUGCCCAUGGUCCUGGCUACACAAAACGCAAAGACCAUGGACGGGCACCUUUACAAAAAGGACUGGGAAGCAGACAAGAUCAAGAUUAACAUCACUCCAGAUAUCCCUGAGCUUGUUUUGGCAAAAGUCAAUGCAUUCAACAUCAGCAAUAAAAUGUACAGACUUUCCAUGGAAGAAGAUAAGAAGAAGGGAUAUGAUCUGAGGGCUGAUGCAAUCCCCAUUAAAGCUGCUAAGGCUUCCCGAGACAUUGCCAGUGAUUACAAAUACAAACUAGGAUAUGAAAUGGAUAAGGGCAAACUUGUUGGCUUCCGCAGCCUCCAAGAUGACCCCAAGCUUGUUCAUUACAUGCAAGUAGCUAAGAUGCAGUCGGAUCGUGAGUACAAGAAAGCCUACGAAACCAGCAAGACCAAGUACAACACCCCGGCCGAUACUUUCAGCGUCAUGGCUGCCAAGGAAGCUCAAGCAAAUAUCACCAACAUCAACUACAAAAGGCUCCUCCACAAAUAUAUCCUCCUGCCAGAUGCCGUUAAUGUAGAACUGGCAAGAAACAUGAACCGGAUUCAAAGCAAUCAUGAAUACAAACAAGAUUACAACGAAUGGUACAAAGGACUUGGUUGGAGUCCUGCUGGGUCACUGGAUAUUGAAAAGAGUAAGAAAGCCACUGAAAUUGCAAGCGAUUCGAAGUACCGCCAGCAUCCAAGCCUUUUCCCAUUUAAGAAGCUGAUGGACUCAAUGGACAUGGAACUUGCGAAACACAAUGCUGGUGUUAUGAAUAAGCAUUCAUAUAUAGAUGCGUGGGAGAAGGAUAAGACGAAGAUUCACGUGAUGCCAGAUACACCCGACAUUAUGCAGGCCAAAGCAAACAAGUACAAUUACAGCCAGAAACUGUACAAACUUGGAUGGGAAGAAUUGUUGAAGAAAGGUUAUGACCUCACCGCUGAAGCAAUCUCAGUGAAAUCUGCAAAAGCAUCAAGGGACAUUGCUAGUGAUUACAAGUACAAAGAAGGUUACCGCAAGCAGCAGGGGCACCACAUUGGAGCACGCAGCAUACAGGACGACCCCAAACUUGUGCAUUCUAUGAAUGUAGCCAAGAUACAGAGUGAGAGGGAAUACAAGAAAGACUUUGAGAAAUGGAAGACCAAGUAUAUCAGCCCUGUGGAUAUGCUGGAGGUCUUGCACGCUAAGAAUUGUCAGAAACUGGUCAGCGAUAUCGAUUACCGUCAUUUUCUGCACCAAUGGACCUGUCUCCCGGACCAAAAUGAUGUCAUCCAUGCUAAGAAAGUAUAUGAAUUACAAAGCGAUAAUGCAUACAAAACAGAUCUUGAGUGGCUGAAAGGCAUUGGAUGGAACUCAUACGGAUCUCUAGAAUCGGAAAAGAACAAGAAGGCUUCUGAGAUUCUGAGUGAAAAGAGAUAUCGCCAGCCUCCAGACACCGUUAAAUUCACAAGUAUCCCUGAUUCAAUGGAGGUGGUUUUGGCAAAGGAAAAUGCCAAGCAUAGGAGCGAUAAACUUUACAGAGAAGCAUGGGAUAAGGACAAGACUCAGAUCCACAUCAUGCCUGACACUCCCGAAAUUAUCCUAUCCAGAGCCAACUUAAUUAACACGAGCGAUAAACUCUACAAGUUAGGAUUUGAAGAAUUGAUAAGGAAAGGCUAUGACCUUCCACUCGAUGCCAUACCAAUCAAGGCGGCAAAAGCAUCUCGAGAUAUUGCCAGUGAAUACAAGUACAAAGUUGGAUAUCGCAAGCAGCUUGGCCACCAUGUUGGAGCACGCAGCAUACAGGAUGACCCGAAACUUGUGCAUUCUAUGAAUGUAGCCAAGAUGCAGAGCGAAAGAGAAUAUAAGAAAGACUUUGAAAAAUCGAAGACCAGGUAUACCAGCCCUGUGGAUAUGCUUGGAGUCUUACUGGCAAAGAAUUGUCAGAAGCUGGUCAGCGAUGUCGAUUACCGUCAUUAUCUGCACCAAUGGACAUGCCUGCCAGAUCAGAAUGAUGUUGUGCAUGCCAGGAAAACAUAUGAACUUCAGAGUGAUAAUAUGUAUAAAGCAGAUCUUGAAUGGCUAAAGGGCAUUGGCUGGACUCCAAGUGGUUCCUUGGAAGCUGAGAAGAAUAAGAGAGCCUCCCAGAUCUUGAGUGACUACAUCUACAGACAGCAUCCUGACAAAUUCAAAUUCACAAGUCCCAUUGACUCUAUGCCUAUGGCUUUGGCAAAGCAUAAUUCUGAAGUUAUGGAUCAUCGCAAGUAUAUAGAUGCAUGGAACAAGGAUAAAACCACCAUUCAUAUCAUGCCAGAUACUCCUGAAAUUAUACUGUCGCAGCAGAACAAGAUCAACUAUAGCGAUAAAUUAUACAAACUUUCGUUGGAAGAGGCCAGGAGAAAGGGUUAUGAUCUUCGUGUAGAUGCAAUUCCAAUCAAGGCCGCUAAAGCUUCAAGAGAUAUCGCGAGCGAGUACAAAUACAAAGAAGGCUACCGCAAGCAAGUUGGCCACCACAUUGGAGCACGCAGUGUGCAAGACGACCCAAAACUUGUGCAUUCUAUGAAUGUAGCCAAAAUGCAGAGUGAGAGGGAGUAUAAGAAAGACUUUGAGAAAUGGAAGACCAAAUAUACCACCCCUGUGGAUAUGCUGGAGGUCUUGCACGCUAAGAAUUGCCAGAAACUGGUCAGUGAUGUCGAUUACCGCCAUUAUUUGCACCAGUGGACGUGCCUGCCAGAUCAGAAUGAUGUUGUGCAUGCCAGGAAAACAUACGAACUUCAGAGCGAUAAUAUGUAUAAAGCAGAUCUUGAAUGGCUAAAGGGCAUUGGCUGGACUCCAAGUGGUUCCUUGGAAGCUGAGAAGAAUAAGAGAGCCUCCCAGAUCUUGAGUGACUACAUCUACAGACAGCAUCCUGACAAAUUCAAAUUCACAAGUCCCAUUGACUCUAUGCCUAUGGCUUUGGCAAAGCAUAAUUCUGAAGUUAUGGACCAUCGCAAGUAUAUUGAUGCAUGGAACAAGGAUAAAACCACCAUUCACAUUAUGCCAGAUACUCCUGAAAUUAUACUGUCGCAGCAGAACAAGAUCAACUAUAGUGAUAAAUUAUACAAACUUUCAUUGGAAGAGGCCAGGAGAAAGGGUUAUGAUCUUCGUGUAGAUGCAAUUCCAAUCAAGGCUGCUAAAGCUUCAAGAGACAUUGCAAGCGAAUACAAAUACAAAGAAGGCUAUCGCAAGCAGCUUGGCCACCACAUUGGAGCACGCAGUGUGCAAGAUGACCCAAAACUUGUGCAUUCUAUGAAUGUAGCCAAAAUGCAGAGUGAGAGGGAGUAUAAGAAGGACUUUGAGAAAUGGAAGACUAAGUAUAUUAGCCCUGUGGACAUGCUGGAAGUGUUGCACGCUAAGAAUUGCCAGAAGUUGGUCAGUGAUAUCGAUUACCGUCAUUAUCUGCACCAGUGGACCUGCCUUCCAGAUCAGAAUGACGUCAUCCAAGCUAGAAAGGCCUAUGAACUCCAGAGUGAUAAUGCCUACAAAGCAGACCUUGAGUGGAUGAAAGGCAUUGGCUGGGUCCCUAUUGGUUCACUGGAUGUGGAAAAAGCCAAGAAGGCUGGAGAGAUCCUAAGUGAAAAGCAGUAUCGUCAGCCACCAGACAAAUUGAAAUUCACCAGUGUGACAGAUUCUCUUGAAAUGGAGUUGGCCAAGCAUAAUGCAGAAACAAUGAAUAAGCGUUUGUAUACGGAAGCUUGGGAUAAAGACAAGGUUACGAUCCACGUGAUGCCUGAUACACCUGAAAUCAUGCUGUCAAAAUUCAACAAGCUAAACUAUAGUCAGAAAUUAUACAGACUUGCUAUGGAGGAGGCAAAGAAGGAUGGCUAUGACUUACGUUUGGAUGCUAUCCCAAUUCAAGCUGCCAAGGCUUCCAGAAAUAUUGCCAGUGAUUACAAAUACAAAGAAGGUUAUCGCAAGCAGCUUGGCCACCACAUUGGAGCACGCAGUGUGCAAGAUGACCCGAAACUUGUGCAUUCUAUGAAUGUAGCCAAAAUGCAGAGUGAGAGGGAGUAUAAGAAGGACUUUGAGAAAUGGAAGACUAAGUAUAUUAGCCCUGUGGACAUGUUGGAAGUGUUGCACGCUAAGAAUUGCCAGAAGUUGGUCAGUGAUAUUGAUUACCGUCAUUAUCUGCACCAGUGGACCUGCCUUCCAGAUCAGAAUGACGUCAUCCAAGCUAGAAAGGCCUAUGAUCUCCAGAGUGAUGUGCUUUACAAAUCAGAUAUGGAAUGGCUGAAAGGUGUCGGUUGGAUUCCAUCUGGCUCUUUGGAAGUUGAGAAAGUAAAGAGAGCAGGAGAAAUCCUAAGUGACAGGAAGUACCGACAGCCACCUGAUAAGUUCAAGUUUACCAGCGUCACAGAUUCUUUGGAGAUGGAGUUGGCAAAACAUAACGCUGAGACGAUGAACAAGAGAUUAUACACUGAAGCCUGGAAUGUUGAUAAAACAAACAUUCAUGUCAUGCCAGAUACCCCAGAGAUUAUGCUGGCAAAGGCAAACUCAGCCAACAUUAGCCACAGACUUUAUAUCGAGGGAUGGGAAGAGGCGAAGCAGAAAGGAUAUGACUUGAGAGCUGAUGCAAUUCCAAUCAGAUCUGCAAAGGCAUCAAGGGACAUAGCUAGUGAUUUUAAAUACAAAGAAGCAUAUGAGAAGCAGAGAGGGCACUAUAUUGGGUUCCGAAACCUUCAAGAUGAUCCCAAGAUGGUGUUGGCUAUGCAUGUAGCUAAAAUGCAGAGCGAUCGGGAGUACAAGAAAGUAUUUAAUCAACUGAAGACGAAGAUCCAUAGUCCGGUUGACAUGCUAUCAGUCCUGUUGGCUAAGAAUUGUCAGAAGCUUGUUAGUGACAUUGAUUACCGCCACUACCUGCAUGAAUGGACCUGCCUGCCUGACCAGAAUGACGUCAUUCAGGCUAAGAAAGUGUAUGACAUACAGAGUGAUAACGUCUACAAGCAAGACCUAGAAUGGCUGCGUGGUAUUGGUUGGAUUCCAGAAGGUUCUUUGGAAGUCUUAAAAGUGAAGAAGGCUCAGGAGAUCCUGAAUGACAGACUGUACCGUCAACGACCAGACUCUGUGAAAUUCACCGCUAUUGUUGAUUCUCCAGAAAUUGUCUUGGCAAAGGCCAAUGCUCUGCUUCAGAGCAAUGCAUUAUAUCGUGAACUCUGGGAUAAAGAAAAGACACAGUUUACUCUUCCAGCUGAUACUCCUGAGAUGGUUCUGUCCAAAAUGAAUGCUCUGAACGUCAGCAAAAAACAUUAUGAAGCAGGGUGGGAAGAAGCCAAGAAAAAAGGUUAUGACUUAAGAGUGGAUGCCAUUGCAAUUCAGCAUGCCAAGGCUUCAAGAAACAUUGCCAGUGAGUACAAGUACAAAGAAGCUCAUGAGAAACAGAAAGGCCACUAUGUUGGAUGCCCUUCAGUGAAGGAGGACCCUAAACUUUCAUUUGCUGCCAAAGUAUUGAAGAUGCAGAAUGACCGGUUGUAUAAGCAAGCUUACAACAAAUCCAAAGCCAAUAUUACUAUACCGGUGGACAUGAUGUCUGUCCAAGCAGCCAAGCUAUGCCAGUCUUUAGUAAGUGAGGUGGACUAUCGUCAACAUCUGCACCAGUGGUCUUGUCUGCCCGACCAGAAUGAUGUGAUCCAGGCAAGGAAGGCCUACGAACUACAGAGCGAUGCUGUGUAUAAAUCAGAUCUUGAAUGGCUCCGGGGGAUUGGGUGGAUCCCAAAUGAAUCUCCAGAAGUGAAGAAGGUGAAAUAUGCCCAGGAAAUUCUGAGUGACAACGUUUAUCGCACUCCUCGGGAUCGUUUGAAAUUUACCCACAUCGUUGAUACGCCUGAAGUUGUCCUUGCCAAAACCAACGCUGAGCAACUGAGUCUUGCUAAAUACAGAGAAGCGUGGGAUAAAGAUAAAACUACGAUCCAUGUGAUGCCAGACACACCAGAAAUCAUGCUGUCCAGGGCUAAUGCUAUCAAUGUGAGCAAUAAACUUUAUAGGGAAUCAUGGGAUGACAUGAAGAAAAAUAUUGACCUGAGAGCAGAUGCAGUCCCAAUCAAAACAGCCAGAGCCUCAAGAGAAAUUGCCAGUGAUUACAAAUACAAGGAAGGCUACCGUAAGCAACUUGGACAUCAUGUAGGAUGCCGAGACAUUAACGACGAUCCCAAGAUGGUACUGGCUAUGCAUGUCGCUAAAAUGCAAAGUGAGCGGGAGUACAAGAAAGUAUAUAAUCAAUUGAAGACGAAGAUCCACAGCCCUGUUGACAUGCUGUCCGUCUUGCUGGCCAAGAACUGUCAGAAGCUUGUUAGUGACAUUGAUUACCGCCACCUCUUGCAUGAAUGGACCUGCCUGCCUGACCAGAAUGAUGUCAUCCAAGCCAGGAAAGCGUAUGAAUUACAGAGUGAUAACGUCUACAAGCAAGACCUAGAAUGGCUGCGUGGUGUUGGCUGGAUGCCAGAGGGCUCUGUGGAAGUGCUCAAAGUGAAGCACGCCCAAGAUAUCCUGAAUGACAGAUUGUAUAAGCAACGUCCAGAUGCACUGAAAUUUACAAGUAUUGCUGACCCACCACCCGUUGUCCUGGCUAAGAUCAAUGCCCAACAAGUCAGUGAGAAUCUGUAUCGUGAAGCCUGGGAUAAAGAGAAGACUCAGUUCCAUCUUCCUUCAGACACCCCUGGGAUGCUGCAGUCUAAGAUUAAUGCUCUGAAUAUCAGCAAUAAACAUUACACUGGAGCCUGGGAUGAGGCCAAAGCAAAAGGGUACGACAUAAGAGGUGAUGCUAUUUCAGUCAAGCAUGCCAAAGCCUCCAGAGAAAUUGCCAGUGAGUACAAGUACAAAGAAGCACAUGAGAAACAGAAAGGCCACUACAUUGGAUGCCCUUCAGUGAAGGAGGACCCUAAACUUUCAUUUGCUGCCAAAGUAUUGAAGAUGCAGAAUGACCGGUUGUAUAAGCAAGCUUACAACAAAUCCAAAGCCAAUAUUACUAUACCGGUUGACAUGAUGUCUGUCCAAGCAGCCAAGCUAUGCCAGUCUUUAGUAAGUGAGGUGGACUAUCGUCAACAUCUGCACCAGUGGUCUUGUCUGCCCGACCAGAAUGAUGUGAUCCAGGCAAGGAAGGCCUACGAACUACAGAGCGAUGCUGUGUAUAAAUCAGAUCUGGAAUGGCUCCGGGGGGUUGGAUGGAUCCCACAUGAGUCUCCAAUAGUGAAGAGGGUGAAAUUUGCCCAGGAAAUUCUGAGUGACAACGUUUAUCGCACUCCUCGGGAUCGUUUGAAAUUUACCAACAUCGUUGACACUCCUGAAGUUGUCCUUGCCAAAACCAACGCUGAGCAACUGAGCCUUGCAAAAUACAGAGAAGCUUGGGAUAAAGAUAAAGUUAUGAUCCAUGUGAUGCCAGACACACCAGAAAUUGUGCUUUCCAGGGCUAAUGCUAUCAAUGUGAGCCAUAAACUUUAUAGGGAAUCUUGGGAUGACAUGAAGAAAUAUAUUGACCUGAGAGCAGAUGCAGUCCCAAUCAAAACAGCCAAAGCCUCAAGAGAAAUUGCCAGUGAUUACAAAUACAAGGAAGGCUACCGUAAGCAACUUGGACACCAUGUGGGAUGCCGAGACGUUAACGACGAUCCCAAGAUGGUACUGGCUAUGCACGUCGCUAAAAUGCAAAGUGAGCGGGAGUACAAGAAAGUAUAUAAUCAAUUGAAGACGAAGAUCCACAGCCCUGUUGACAUGCUGUCCGUCUUGCUGGCCAAGAACUGUCAGAAGCUUGUUAGUGACAUUGAUUACCGCCGCCACCUGCAUGAAUGGACGUGUCUCCCUGACCAGAAUGAUGUCAUCCAGGCCAGGAAAGCGUAUGAAUUACAGAGUGACGCUGUUUAUAAAUCCGACUUGGAAUGGCUGCGUGGAAUUGGCUGGAUGCCAAAUGACUCUGUCUCUGUCAAUCACGUCAAACACGCUCAGGACAUUUUAAGUGAGAGACUGUAUCGCACAAAAGUUGACAAACAACCGUUUACACCUGUGGCUGACAGGGUUGAUUAUAUCACAGCCAAACAAGGCGGGGAAAUACUAAGUGAUAUUAAGUACCACCAGGAAUGGAAUAACAUCAAGACAAACUAUACGCUGACAGACACGCCACAAUUAGAUGCAGCUAAAGAAGCAGCCAGGAUUCUUAAUCAUCAUCUGUACAAGGAGAAUUGGGAAAGAGAGAAAGCUACUGGUUAUCUUUUGCCUCACGACAGUGUGCCUAUCCGCCAUGCCAAGCAUUCAAGUGAUGUCCAAAGCGAGCUGAAAUACAAGGCAGACUAUGUCCACCAAAGAGGUCACUACGUCGGUGUCAAUAAUAUGAGAGAGGAUCCGAAACUGGUGUGGUUUGAACAUGCCGGCAAGAUCCAGAACGACAGAUUGUAUAAACAGGCGUAUAACAAAACCAAGUCCAAAAUUCAUAUACCUCCAGAUAUACUGUCCGUCAUUGCAGCCAGAGACUGCCAGCAUGUUGUCAGUGAAAUUCCGUAUCGCCAUUACCUUCAUGAAUGGACUUGCCACCCUGAUCAGAAUGACUGCAUCCAGGCAAGGAAAGCAUAUGACCUUCAAAGCGAUAAUAUUUAUAAAUCUGAUCUGGAAUGGAUCCGCGGCUGUGGCUGGAUUCCCUUAGAUUCAGUGGAGCAUCGGAAAGUGAAGAAUGCUCAGAACUUGAUUGAUAAGAGACUCUACACAAAAGAGGCUAUUAAUAAUUUUGCCAAUUUCACACCUGUGGAAGACCCUCCAGCUAUUGUUCUGGCAAAGGCAAACGCAAUUAAUCAGAGUGAUCUGAAAUACAAAGAAACCUUUAACCUUGAAAGAGGUCACUACAUUGGUUCUGAUGACACUCCAGCCCUGAGUCAUUCUAGAGAUAUGGCUAAACUGUACAGUGAUAACCUGUACAAGGAUUCAUGGGAAUCCACCAAGGCCAUUGGGUACACUCUGCCUCCAGACUACAUCCCUAUUGUCGGUGCCAAACAUGCUGAUUACAUUAACAGCGAGCUCAAAUAUAAAGAAGGGUAUGAGAAGCAGAAGGGCCAUUAUCUGGCUGGGACACAAAUAAAUGAUUUCCCAAGUGUUGUCCAUUCUCUUGCUUUCCAAAAGAUAAGGAGUGCGCUGGCCUACAGGAAGAAUUAUGAGGACACCAAGGCACACAUUCAUAUCCCAAGCGACAUGAUAAACCACGUGUUGGCUAAGAAAUGCCAGUACAUCCUUAGUGACCUCGAAUACCGAACUUACCUCCAUCAGUGGAACUGUUCACCUGAGGAGCACGAUGUUAUUAUGGCUAAAAGAGCCCAGGAAAUUCUAAGCGACGUUGUGUACAAGGAUGACUUAACAUGGCUGAAGGGAAUUGGAUGCUAUGUGUGGGACACACCUCAAAUCCUGCACGCUAAGAAGUCUUAUGAUCUUCAGAGUCAAUUGCUCUACACAAAAGCAGGAAAAGACAAUUUACAGAACUACGGUGUGGUUAUGGACACUCCAGUUUAUAUAACUGCUAUCGAGAGUGGCAUCAACGCUAGCGAUGUGAAAUACAAAGAACAAUACCAUAAAAUGAAGGACCAAUAUACCACAGUUUUGGAAACAGUUGAUCAUGAUAGGAUUCAGAACCUCAAGCACCUUUUCAGUAGUAACCUGUACAAGGAUGCCUGGGAUAAAGUGAAGGCCACUGGUUUCACAUUGCCUCCUGAUGCUGUGCCAUUUGUCCGUGCCAAAGAACUGAAGCACAAUGCCAGUAUUGUAAAGUAUCGAGAGGAGUAUGAUCGGUUUAAAGCGCUUUACACUCUACCCAGAGGGGUUCAGGAUGAUCCCAACACUGCCAGAUGCCUAAGGGUUGGCAAGCUGAAUAUUGAUCGCUUAUAUAGAGAAGGCUAUGAAAAGAACAAGGCCAAAAUCCAUAUUGCACCAGACAUGGUGGACAUAGUCUCAGCUAAGAGCACUCAGAAGAAAGUCAGUGAAAUCGAUUAUCGCAUCCGUCUCCAUGAAUGGGCCAACAUCCCAGAUCUUCAUGCCAAUGCUCUUGCUCGGAAAGUCAAUGACCAGCUGAGUGAUAUUGUGUACAAAGAUGACCUCAACUGGCUCAAAGGCAUAGGUUGCUUUGUCUGGGACACCCCUGAAAUUCUCCAUGCCAAACAUGCCUAUGACCUUCGUAAUGACUUGAAAUACAAGUCAAAGGCCAAGAAAAUGGAAAGCAACUACACCGUGGUCACCGACACACCUCUCUAUGUUCAGAAUGUCCAGAGUGCCAUGAAUCUGAGUGAGGCCGUUUACCGCCAUGACUAUGUGCACAAUGUCAAAGGGAAAUACACUCCAACAGAUAAGACGGUGGAUUUGGAGCGGGCAACUCAUGCUUACAGGAUACAGAAUGAAGGUCUCUACCGAAAAGCUGGCUGGCAUGCACUUCCCACUGGAUACAAACUCCCACCAGAUACCCCUGGUUUCAAGCAUGCUAAACAUGCCCAAUACCUUGGCAGUUAUCUGAAAUACAAGGAAGUCUAUGAACACAUCAAGGAUAAAGGUUACAAUUUUGGACCCAAAGCUGUUCCGUUUGUAAACAUAAGGAAAGUCAACAAAAUUCUCAAUGAGAGGCUCUAUAGGGAAGUAUAUCACAAAAACAAGGAUAAGAUUCAUACCACGCCCGACACGCCUGAAAUUCGCCAAGUGAAAACGAACCAGGAAUCCAUCAGUGAUCUGAUCUACAAGACUGACUUCUUCAAGAUGCAGGGGCACAUGAUUUCCUUGCCAUAUACACCGGAGACGAUACAUAACCGUUACGUUGGAGAGAUUACAAGUGAUGUUAAAUAUAAAACUGAUCUGCAGUGGCUGAGAGGCCUGGGCUGCUUCCUCUAUGAUACCCCUGAUAUGGUCCGUGCUCGACAUUUGCGCAAGCUCUGGUCUAAUUACGUCUACACUGAAGCUGCAAAGAAGUCACAAGAUAAAUAUCGUGUGGUUCUGGACACUCCUGUCUACAGGACCGUUCAGGAGCUGAAGACCCAUUUGAGUGAUCUUGUGUACAGAGCUGCAGGCAAGGAGCAAAAGACCAAGUACACAUCUAUCCUCGAUACACCAGAUAUCAACAGGGCCAAAAGAGGGCAAAAACUACAGAGUAAGUACUUGUACGUCGAACUUGCAACCAAGGAAAGACCCCAUCACCAUGCUGGGGAUCAGACACCGGCCUUGAAACUUGCUAAGCAUGUGAAGGACUUGGUUAGUGAGAAUAAAUACAAAUCCCAAUAUGAGAAGCUGAAGCACAAGUAUGUAACUGUCGCUGACACACCAAUCCUGAUUAGAGCUAAGAAGGCCUACCUGAAUGCCAGUGAUCUGCGCUACAAAGAAACAUUUGAGAAAGCCAAGGGUAAAUACCACACAGUGAAAGAUGCCUUGGAUAUUGUGUAUCACCGCAAGGUCACUGAUGAUAUCAGCAAAGUGAAAUACAAAGAAAACUACAUGAGUCAAUUAGGAAUCUGGAGGUCUAUCCCAGAUCGACCAGACCAUUUCCACCACCGUGCCGUCACCGAUGCAGUCAGUGAUUUUAAAUAUAAGGAAGAUUUAACGUGGCUCAGAGGCAUUGGCUGUUAUGCAUGGGAUACUCCUGAUCUUCUUCUUGCAGAAAAGAAUAAGACGCUGUACAGUCCGUGUAAAUACAAGGAGUCAUUUGAGAAGAUAAAGUCCAAGUUCAAGUAUGUUGCUGACAGUCCAAUUAAUAGGCAUUUUAAGUAUGCUACUCAGCUGGUGAAUGAGAAAAAAUAUAAGGCUAGUGCCAAGUUGUUCCUGCAACAUGGAUGUAAUGAAAUUCUGCGACCAGAUAUGCUGACAGCAUUGUACAACACAAUUCAGGAGAGCCAGUACAAAUACAAACAGCUGUAUGAAAAGCAGAAGGACAAGUUUACAUCGAUUGUGGAUACUCCGGAACACCUGAGGACGACAAAAGUCAACAAGCAAAUCAGUGAUAUCCUCUACAAACUGGAAUAUAACAAGGCCAAGCCAAAGGGAUAUACCACAAUCCAUGAUACUCCCAUGUUACUCCACGUACGGAAGGUCAAGGACAGAAUAAGCGAUCUGAAAUACAAAGAAGUCUAUCAACAGAAUAAGUCUCACUGCAACGUUGUACCGGAUUCCGUUCAUAUCAAAGCUGCCAAGCAGGCCUACAAAGUAAACAGCAAUCUGGAUUACAAGAAGAAAUAUGAAGCUGCCAAGGCUCACUGGCACUGGACUGUGGACAGACCGGACUUCAUCCAAGCUGCCAAAUCAUCUUUGCAACAGAGUGAUUAUGAUUACAAAUAUGACCGAGAGUACUAUAGAGGAUGCAAGCUAUCCGUAACAGAUGACAAAAACACAGUGUUGGCUUUGCAGAAUGCAAUCUUGGCGAGUGAUUUAAAAUAUAAAGAGAAGCAUAACAAGGAAAGGGGAAUCAUCCACCCAGUUCCAGAUACUCCUCAGAUCCUUCUUGCAAAGACUGUUAGCGCUCUUGUGUCUGAGAACAAAUACAAAGAACAUGUUAAGAAGCACCUGCCACAUGGCUCCUUUACAAAAUUGCCAGAAACACGAGACACUGUUCAUGUCAAAAACGUAACCAAGAACGUCAGUGAGACAAAUUAUAAAAAGAAAUUCCACAAGGAGAAAGGCAAGUCAGACUAUUCAAUCAUGCUGGAGCCUCCUGAUGUGAAACACGCCAUGGAAGUUGCAAAGAAUCAGAGCACUAUCCAAUACAAAAAGGAUGCCAAAUCCAAGCUCCAUUACACUAGUGUGGCGGAUCGCCCUGAUAUUAAGAAAGCCACCCAAGUCUCCCAUUUAGUCAGUGAUAUUGAAUAUAAAGCCAAAGCUCGUGGAGAAGCUGGUUUGGGAGUCAGCAUGCUUGGACGUCCAGAUAUUGAACUUGCCAAGGAGGUGUCCAAACUUACAAGCCAGAUCAAAUACAAAGAGAAGUUUGACAAGGAGAAGGGCAAUAAGCCGCGAUACGACCUGAAGGAAGCCAAGAUCUACAAGACCUUAAAAGAUGCCCACCACAUCGCUAGCGAGAUUAAAUACAAGGCGGACCUGAAGAAACUUCACAAACCAGUGACAGACAUGUCUGAAUCCCUGUCGAUGCAUCAUGUCUUGAACACCAGCCAGCUCGCCAGUUCUUACCAGUACAAGAAGAAAUAUGAGAAGAGUAAAGGUCACUACCAUGUGGUUCCAGAUAACCUUGAACAGAUCCAUCUAAAGGAGGCCUCAGAACUUCAGAGCAUAGUGAAGUACAAGGAAAAAUAUGAAAAGGAAAGAGGGAAGCCCAUGCUGGACUUUGAAACACCAACAUACCUCACGGCUAAGGAGUCUCAGCACAUGCAAAGCGAGAAAGAAUAUAAAAAAGACUUUGAAGAGUCCAUGAAAGGCAGGAACCUUACUGGCCUGGAGGUCACGCCAUCUCUUUUGCAUGUCAGAUAUGCCACCAAAAUAGCAAGCGAGAAAGAAUACAGGAGAGAUUUGGAAGAAGGUGUUAAAGGUAAAGGCCUAACCAUUUUGGAAGAGACCCCAGACCUACUCAGAGCAAAGAAUGCAACCUAUAUCUUGAAUGAGAAAGAAUACAAGAAAGGUCUAGAGAUGGAAAUCAAAGGAAGAGGCUUGACAGGCCAUACCACAGAAACGCCUGAUUAUAUGAGGGCAAAGAAUGCUAUGGACAUCUCUAGCCAGAUCAAAUAUAAGCAGUCUGCAGAAAUGGAAAAAGCCCACUAUACCACGGUGGUUGACACUCCAGACAUCAUCCAUGCCCACCAUGUGAAGAACUUUUCAAGUCAGAAAAAAUAUAAGGAGGAUGCAGAGAGAACUAUGUCAUACUAUGUGUCUGUUCUAGACACACCAGAAAUGCAGAGAGUCCGGGAGAACCAAAAGAAUUUCAGCAUGCUCAGGUACCAGCAUGAUCUACAGGACAGCAAAGGAAAAGUCACAGUUGUACAUGAAACACCAGAGAUAUUAAGAGUUAAAGAAAACCAGAAGAACUUCAGCACGAUUUUAUAUAAAGAAGAUAUUGGAACAGGAACAGCUAUUGAAAAGACGCCCGAGAUGCAGAGAAUUAAACAAACCCAGGAUGCAAUAAGCACGAUUAAGUACAAGGAUCACAUUGGAAAAGGAACUCCCAUUUCUGAUCUUCCCGAAGUGAAACGUGUCAAGGAGGCACAGAAGCACAUCAGCUCGGUUUUGUACAAGGAGAAUGCAGGGCAAGGAACCCCGAUCCCACUUACUCCAGAGAUAGAGAGAGUCAAACGCAAUCAAGAACACAUUAGCUCGGUGUCCUACAAAGAAAACUUGGGGGCAGGAACGGCAACUCCUGUUACCCCAGAAAUGGAGAGAGUCAAGCGUAAUCAGGAGAACAUUAGCUCGGUGUUGUACAAAGAGCAUUUAGGGACUGGAACCCCAACACCUAUUACUCCAGAGAUGGAGAGAGUCAAACGCAAUCAAGAAAACUUUAGCUUGGUGUUGUACAAAGAGAAUUUAGGGGCUGGAACUCCAACACCUAUUACUCCAGAGAUGGAAAGAAUCAAGCGCAAUCAAGAAAACUUUAGCUCGGUGCUAUACAAAGAAAGCCUAGGGGCAGGAAUCUCAACUCCUGUCACGCCAGAGAUUGAGAGAGUCAAACACAACCAAGAAAUCAUUAGCUCGGUGUUGUACAAAGAAAACGUAGGGAAAGCAACUCCGACCCCUGUCACUCCUGAGAUGGAGAGAGUCAAACGCAAUCAAGAACACAUUAGCUCGGUUUUGUACAAAGAGGAACUGGGGAAAGGUACCCCGACGCCUGUCACUCCUGAGAUGGAGAGAGUCAAGCGCAAUCAACAACACAUUAGCUCGGUUUUGUACAAAGAGGGAUUGGGGAAAGGGACUCAGACACCUGUCACUCCUGAGAUGGAAAGAGCCAAGCGCAAUCAAGAGUUCAUUAGCUCGGUUUUGUAUAAAGAAAAUUUGGGGCAAGCAACCCCAGCACCUAUCACUCCAGAGAUGGAAAGAGUCAAACGCAAUCAAGAAAACGUUAGCUUGGUGUUGUACAAAGAAAGCAUGGGAAAAGGAACCCCGACAUCUAUCACUCCAGAGAUGGAGAGAGCUAAACGCAAUCAAGAAAACAUUAGCUCGGUCCUCUACUCUGAUAGUUUCCGGAAACAAGUACAAGGUAAAGCAGCCUUUGUCCUGGAUACCCCUGAAAUGAGACGUGUUCGGGAGACGCAGCGACACAUUUCCACCGUGAAAUACCAUGAAGACUUUGAAAAGAGCAAAGGCAGCUUCACACCUGUAGUUACUGACCCCAUAACAGAACGUGUCAAGAAGAACAUGCAGGAUUUCAGUGAUAUUAACUACAGGGGCAUUCAGAGACGAGUUGUGGAAAUGGAGCGAAAACGGAUAGAUCAAGAUCAAGAAAUGAAUACAGAUCUUCGUGUGUGGCGUACUAAUCCUGGAUCAGUCUUUGACUAUGACCCAGCAGAAGACAACAUUCAAUCUAGAAGCUUACACUUGAUUACUGUUCAAGCCCAGCGACGUAGCCGAGAGCAAUCCCGCUCUGCCAGUGCACUGAGCCUCAGUGCUGGAGAUGAAAAAUCUGAGCAUUCAGAGGCUGCCGAUCAGCACAUGUCCUAUUACAGCAAUGGAGGCUUCUUUACCACAACUACAUCAGUGGACUACAAACACGCUAAAACUGUAGAGCUGCCACAACAACGGUCAUCUUCUGUUGCUACCCAGCAGACAACAGUCUCUUCCAUCCCCUCUCAUCCAUCUACUGCAGGGAAGACGUAUCGCGCCAUGUAUGACUAUACUGCAGCAGAUGCUGAUGAAGUCUCCUUCAAAGAUGGUGAUGCAAUCGUCAAUGUCCAGGCCAUUGAUGAAGGCUGGAUGUAUGGGACUGUGCAAAGAACAGGCAAAACAGGCAUGCUUCCAGCUAACUAUGUAGAAGCUGUUUAAGCCAAAAUGGAGGCGAUAUUCCAUGAGACAUUUUGACAAGGUAAAUAAAAAGGCACCUCACAAAAUGGCUGCCUGCUAUAAUUCUUAAACACUUUCUCAGGUGCCUUAAUAUUUUCCCGUUGAUAUAUGAUAUAUGCAUUGCCUUUUACACAACAAACAUUCUCUCAUUCUAGUCAUCACAGAACCAGUGGGAAAUACCAACAUGGCAGCCUCCAUUCACUACCUUGAUUAAAUGGACUUGUGUAUUCAAACAUUAUCUAAAAGAGAAUUGUUUGGCUCUCAGUUCCACUGUAUUGUCAACCUCUUUGUUUGGAAUCAAGCUCAUAGUCCAAACUAAUCUUAUUUUUUAAUGAAACAUCUAAUCUGUGUUGGUUUUAAUGCUUUUCUUAUCAAGAGAUGUUGUGUUCUCCUGUGAUAUUAUAAAAAUAGCCAAAUGUAUUUAUUUCUGUUUCAAGUAAGCAAUUAUGUAAAGCUAACAUCUCAAACCAGCCAAACUAUAUGUAGGAAAGCCCCUCCUCUUGUCUGCUUACGGAACGCUGGUGCAUGCCUUAUUCAUCUGAGUGUUCUUUGGUCCUGGUACUGUGAUUCCCUCUUCAAGUGGUGACUAAUAAAUUUCACAGCUCUGCAAAUUUA